AUGGAGUCAUUGGAUGUCUUUAACUCGUAUCCAAACAAUGACCCCAUCGUCCUGGACCAUCCGCCCUCGGGUCUUCCCUUCGCGGAAGAACAACCCGUCGUGUACAAGGUAGAGUCUGAGCCAUCAUUCACACCUCUCACCGAAUCAGGUAGAUAUAGGGGCCCUUACAUACCAGUUGGGUCAUUGAGCACAUCGGAAACAUCAGCAAGCUAUUACCCGCUGAAAGAACUCGCUGCUUUAGAGAAGAGUGGCUGGAUCCGCACCAACGCCCCCCAUUUCAACAAUAACAUCCAAGUCUUCAUUCUACCAAAUGAUGUGCAAGGGGCAUCAGCACAAGCAUCAAAAGCGAGACCCAAAGCUAAAAUCAAAGCUCUCAUGACUAAGAUUGAUAAUUCGUCUGAUACAUGGGCUGGACUAUCUGAUGCUCACCCCACCCAGUCUGGCAAUCUGGACUCGAACCCAGAAGACGAAGAUGAAUCUCUAUGGUACAUUUUCAAUACCUUACAAAGUCCGGAUCCCUGUCCUCAAGAUAUGAAGAACACACCAUCCAGACAUGCAAUGGAAGCCUUGCUUGACGAGUCGGAUAACCCGGUCCAGGGCCUCACAACAGCGCUUUAUCCCUACCAGCGGAGAUCGGCCGCUACGAUGAUUCAGAGGGAGGCACAGCCGGCGAUGGUACUUGAUCCAAGAUUGCAGGCUGUGUCUGGUCCGACUGGAACAAUAUUCUACUAUGACAAAGUGGAUGGCACGCUUCUGAAAGGAAAGAGGCUGUAUUCGGAAGCUUGCGGAGGAAUCCUAGCAGAAAGCAUGGGUUGCGGCAAGACAUUAAUUUGCCUCGCUGUGAUCCUGGCUACUCGGGGCCAUUUUCCCAUCAUUCCUAUCGAGUACCAGACGUACGAAAACCCGAUUAGAAGGAAGACAGGGUCCUUGAAACAGAUGGCCGCUGCCACUGCUGGUCGCUUCUCUGUCCCCUGGAAAUCAUUUUUCGAAAGUCUCAGCAGGGAAGGAGAGUUUCAUGAUAAUUGCGUCAAGGCGUGCAUGGAAAACUCUGGUUGCUAUAACAUACCGCCCGAUGUCACGAAGAAUCCGCCCAGAAAUAGUACAUCGCCAUACACCCGGGAUGCCGCCCAGCAAGUUCGGCUUUGCUCCGGCACGAUUGUCAUUGUUCCACCGAACAUGGUCGAUCACUGGGAAAAUGAGAUCGCGACUCAUACCACUAGCCUGAAGGUUGUGGUUUUGCGACAAGGCUCUGAUCGGACGCCAACCGCGGAUGAAUUAAUGGAUGUUGAUCUCGUACUAUUUUCCAGAACUCGAUUUGAAAGAGAAGUUCCAGAGAAGAAGCACAUCCAACGCAUGGGAGACAAAGUUGUUCAAGACUCCCCGCUUCUUAGUCUCCACUGGCUGAGAGUCAUUGUCGAUGAAGGACAUAAUGUUGCAGGUCAGAAAACAAGGCUGACAGAUAUGCUGAAACGAUUACACUUCGAACGUCGCUGGGUUAUCUCAGGAACCCCUUCGCCUGGGUUGUACGGCGUGGAGGUCAGCCUGGCUUCCCAGGAGGCAGACACCAGCGGGACCGAGUCCCCUGGGGAAGCCACUCAAGCCAUAUUGAACAAGCGAAAAAGAACCGGAAAUGCCGCCGACAAUGAGCUGAAAGCUCUGGACCACUUGCGGGAAAUGGUGAUUCAUUUUCUUGAUCUCAAGCCUUGGUCGAGUUCAAGCCCCGGUGACUCUGCCAACUGGACAAACUACAUGAAGCCCAUCGGCGCAGGCAGAAAGCGUCGAAAAGCCCCUUCGCUAAGGCCGACUCUUCAAAGCCUUGUCGUAAGACACCGAAAGGACGUGGUUGAUCAGGAGAAGCCUCUUCCAAAGCUUUACAACAAGGUUACUUACCUGGCUCCGACAUUCUACGACAAGUUGUCGAUCAACAUGUUCCUUUUUACGCUUGCCGUCAACGCCGUCACAUCUGAGCGCGUAGGCCCGGACUACAUGUUCAACACCAAGAAUAGAAAGCACUUGAACCAGGUCAUCGAAAACAUACGACAGGCAGGCUUUUGGUGGGCUGGCUCAACAAAACCAUCUGACUCUAUUGAUUUCGCCCGCAGAUAUAUGAACUCCAAUCGUGAAAAAAUGUCACCAUCAGAUAUCAAGCUUUUGGAUGAUGGAAUUCACAUUGCAACUACAGCAGUCAACUCCCCCAACUGGGCAGGUUUCAACAGUCUACACGAACUUGGUGUCUUCGUUGAAAAUUUCCCAGAGGACUACCGUAGCUCAUGGGCAGUUGCAAACGGCUCAUGUGAUAAUCCCUUACUGAUGGGAAUCUCCCAAGCCUGCAAAGCCCAAGAGUACGUGACGGAACAUCUCCGCUCCCCCGAUCCCGCCGAAGGCCUUUCAGGCGCGGGCAUCAAAUUUCGCCGCGAGAUAACAAACCAUGACAAUCGUCCCGUCUGGGGCGCACCCGACCCAGCCAACACACCAAUGGCUCAAAGGCAACUAGCACAAACCGCCAAACCCCCCAGCAACAAACCCGCAAAGAAAACCUUCGAAAAGAACCUCUACCGCUCACUCCCAGAAACCUCACCACUCCAACAAACCCGCCUAGUCGGCAUCGCAUCAUCCAAACUCCGAUACCUACUCGACAAAGUCCUCGAACACCACCAAACCGAAAAAAUAAUCAUCUUCUACGAGGACAGCAACACCGCAUACUGGGCCGCGCAAGGCCUAGAACUCAUCAACGUCGAAUUCCGCAUCUACGCAAAUACCCUGAGACCACAGCUCCGCACCGAAUAUCUCAAACUCUUCCGGGAGUCCGAGGAAGUGCGUGUCCUGCUAAUGGAUCUCGGACAGGCUUCACAUGGAUUACAUAUUGCGCAGGCAUCGCGCGUCUUCAUCAUAAGUCCGAUUUGGAAACCGAAUGUCGAAAGUCAAGCUAUUAAGCGAGCCCAUCGCAUCGGCCAGACUAGACCUGUUUACGUCGAGACAUUGGUUCUGGAAAAUACUCUCGAGCAUCGCAUGCUUAGUCGUCGGAAGGAGAUGUCCGAGGCGGAAAUGCAGCUUGCGGAAAAGGGUCCGCUGGAUGAUAAUACUAUGAGUGAUAUCAUUCAGAAUGAGCCGUUCUUGUCCCUGGAUGAUGAAGCUGGGUCCGGUAUGGCGCGUCUGGAGUUCCCGACUGGGUUCUUUGAUCGACAUAGACUACCGAUUCCGGACGAUGAAGUGGUUUGGCGCCGCGUUCCUGAGAAGCGCACGGUGGACUUGACUGGGGCAGAUGAUGAGUCUACUUCUCGAUCUGGAGCGCCUGGGGCUAAGCGUGCUCGAGUUGGGUUUGCGGCGGAUCCGCAAGUUAUCGAUUUGGAUGGAUCACCGGAUGCCUCUCGGCCUGCUGAUGUGUCCGCACAUAUUCGGGCUUCUGUCCCCGUUCGACCUCGUGUUGGUUUUGCCGAGGAUGUGCAGGCUCCGGAGGGCCCGUCGCCGAUGCUGGGCGGCGAGAAUAGGGAGAAACGAGUCUCCAUCUUUGGGCCAUAG